AUGGCCACGCCAGAUGGUCUCUACAAACUGCAGCCUAACCCUGAAACCCCCUAUAGCCCCCUUGUGUGUGUGUGUGUGUGUGUGUGUGUGUGUGUGUGUCUUUGUGUGCGUGCGUCUCUCAGAGCCUUUGUGAUCGUGUACGACCUGAUCAUCCUGGCCAACGCCGUGUUCAUCGGUCUGGACGAGGAGAACCCGCUGAUCGCCAACUCGGAGUGGGCCUUCCUGGCCCUGUACCUGCUGGAGAUCCUGCUCAAGCUCUACGUCUUCGAGCCCCGGGCCUUCUUCUCCCGACACAGCUUCUGGAACUGGUUCGACACCAUCAUCGUCGUCUCGGCUCUCGUCGCCACCAUCGUCAACUCCGCCGUCACCUCAGUGGGGAAUUACACCAGCCGCCAGAUCCUGGACAUCGUGUUCAUCCUGCGGGUCCUCCGGCUGAUCAGGGUGGUGGACAGCAUCAAGAGGUUCCGUACCAUCAUCAACACUCUGAUCCGGAUCGGACCGGCCAUUCUCACAUUUGGACAGCUGAUUAUUGUGGUGUACUACAUCUUCGCCAUGGUGGGGAUGGAGCUGUUCAAAGGGAAGGUGAAGUUCUACGGCGAGGACUCUAAGGACCCGGCGAAGGCGUUCUGUGGAAACCCGCUGCUGCAGGGAAGCGACUUUGCUCAACUCAACUACUGCAAGAACAACUUCAACAACGUGGUGGCGUCCUUCGUCCUCCUGCUGGAGCUCACCGUGGUCAACCAGUGGCACGUGCUCAGCGGCGGCUUCGCCAGCGUGACCCACGCCUCCGCCCGCCUCUUCUUCAUCCUGUUCCACAUCGUGGUCGUCAUCGUCAUCAUCAACAUCUUCGUGGCGUUCGUGCUGGAGGCGUUCUUCGUGGAGUACUCGGUGGAGAAGAGUGACCUGCAGACGUCUCUGGAGACCAAGAUCCAGGAGCUGGAGCUGGCUGUGGCUCAGGAGAAGGUGGAGGAUAAUUUGGUGAACGCCAUGGAAACCAUGGACAACGACCUGGAAACCGGCCAAUCAGGAAGCACCAAACCCGCACUGAUGUUUAAAAUUGCUUCAAAAAGGUACCGGACCGUGGACGCCCUGCUGCAGCGGAUGUUUGAGGCCGAUCUUGCCCCCGAAGACUUCGCCGAGAACGACGACCCGACCAACGUGGAGAACCCGACGUACGUCGCCGGGCAACCACCGACGUACGUUGCUGGGCAACCGUGAACGCUCGGACCAGACUCUCUCGUUUUAUACUAAGCAUUAUCUCGUGUCAUCGGAUUAUACAGUUAUAAACAGUUAUAUCUUUUAUAUUUCAUAUUUCUGUAGAAACAUAAAUAAAUAUUUAC